GCUCUACAGGCAGUCUCAAAAUGUACACAACGAUAUUUCUGUCACACACUUAUUCCGUGCAUCUCUGGACAGCAGGGUUCGUAUGUCUCAGUUCAUAGUGAAUUAUGGGUACUGUUGAUGUAGACGAGGAAUGUUGUCCUAUAUUUGGGAGAUAGUUAGCUGAUCUCAGUGCAAAAAUGAAUUUAAGUCAGUUGAAAAAUUCUUUAAUUAGGCGAAGCGGCCGGCAAAAUGUAAACAAAACUCCCGGGUGCUGUGAAGUGCAAGAAGAGGAAAAUGGCGAAUCACAGAUAUCUGCUCUAAAAUGUUCAAAGACUGACUCGUCUUUGAUAAAGGAGAGUGCGCGGUGUCAGUGCAAGAAUAAUGCUUCAAACGAUAAGCCGAGUAUAUUGAAAAGCUUUAAGAAAAAAUUUCGCUUAAAGUCUAGUGUUGGAAGGACGGUGAAAAGUAAGCCUAAACAAGCCGUUCGAGGCAUAGAUCCAUCUACACUUUAUGCUCGUAGUUUACACGAUUCUUCAACUAGUGAUGAGUGUGUGUCGGAUAAAGUGGACCCUCUGCGUGUUGUAGGAGAAAUGAAUCAUAUACAAGUAGUGACGAAUAAUGGAAUACCACAGCAGUGCGAGUCGAGUGCCUCCCAGACGUCAACACAACAAGCUAGCCAGUGGGGAGGAAGUUCUGUUUGUCCCUUAGUCAAGAAACGUACAUCACAAGACAACGAUGAUUGUUCAGCCGACGGAGAUGACCAUUCUGGAGGGUCGGGAACUGACACUGGGCAACAGCUUAUACUGAGAUUAGAGAACGAGAAUGGUACUCAGAGCGAAACUGAAACCGAGAGUGAGAGCUUGGCUAGCCCUCGUAGUCUAACAGGUGAGCUGUUCGAGCUGGCAAAGUACGGCUGGUACUGGGGCCCAAUUACACGAGAAGAGGCAGAAGAAAAGCUAUUGGAUGCACCUGAUGGUUCGUUCCUUGUUAGAGAUUCGUCUGCAGACCGCUACUUGCUAAGUGUCAGUUUCCGCAGCGCAGGCAAGACGUUUCAUGCCAGAAUUGAGCACAGCCAUGGAGUAUUUAGUUUCUACGCAAAUCCUGGACGUGAAGGGUUUCCAAGUAUCUCUGAACUAAUUGCACAUUCUAUGACAUAUUCAGAAUCAGCUGUUUUCUGUUAUUCUCGCCCUCGUGCUCCAGGAUACCCUGCAUUUCCUGUUCGCUUGGUGAAGCCUGUAUCUCGCUUCACGCAAGUACGAUCUCUUCAGUACCUAUGCAGGUUCGUUAUAAGACAGUACACCAGAGUUGAUAAUAUACAGAAACUACCCCUGCCUAGGAGACUGUUAAGUUAUGUGCAGGAAGGACAUUAUUGACACCUGCUGACUGUGUGUCACCUCUUUGGGGUUGAACUUUAUUAUGUGGUUGAUAGCACUCCUGUAACUUUUUUGUGUUCCCAUGUUUAACGACUGACUUUUGUACAGUUAUUGUUGUAUUACAUGUUGUAUUUUACUUUAAUGUCGAUGACUAAAGGCAAAAAUCAGACUAAAUUCCUGUGUAUAAAACAUUGCUGCAAUUGAAAAUUUUUAAUGUCCUGCUAAUUUUGCAGCUGCUGGUGCAGUGGUAAUUUUUUUCAGAAAAUAAGUUGCACAAAUUUGGAGGACAAUAGAAAUUAAAUGGGUGAAGCUUUAUUUCAUUCCUUGCAACAGAGCAGUGGAAGAGUUUUCAUACAAUAAUGAAUUCAUGAAUCCAGUGCGUGAAAAUUAUGCAAUGGAUAUUACAUUUGUAUUUGUUAGUAGUUGAUGGAAGCUUGUGGUAUAGUUGGACUCCUUGCAGAUCUACAGCCAACACAGCUUAAUUUUGCCUCUUUAAAUCCCAUGUCAUUGCGCUGCUUAAGUCACAGCAAAUUAAUUUUUCCUGUGAUGAGUUUAAUAUUUUCCAAGUAUUCUGCAUUUUCACGGGUGCAUUUUUUGUUGCUACAACAUUUCAGUGUAAACUGGUCUGUAAAUGUUGGUAACUAUAAAUCUUGAGUCAUAGGAAAAUUGAAGCACAUUUAUGCUAUGGUGAUUAAACCAUAAAAAAUGUGUAAGUACUGGGUAAUCUGUUUCCUUCCAAAGCACAUUUUACUACAUAGGAUCUAUCAGAAUCAUGUGAAAUAUAGUGAUUUCUGUAUACAAAGAUGUAUUUUAAAAUGGGGGAUUCUGUUCCUAUGUUUCUGACAUACCGAUAUUGCAAGCAAGAUAUUUGUAAACGUCAGUCAGACGCAGUACUAUAUGAAUAUUUGCAAAUAAUACCCAACCUUCUAUCAUGACUUUAUUUACAUUUGUUUUAUCAUUGGUUGCAGUAACAUCUACACUGAAGGAUGUUUGAGAGAGAAGUACGUGAGAAUAAUGUGAGCCCGUUAUAUGAUUUCAUCAUUAUCUGUAAUGGGUUUGAUAGUUUUACAUUUGUAACUUUGAUUCACAGUAUAGGGUUCUUCGCAUGGUACAGGGAAUGAUUUGGCAAUUUUCCUUUUCCAGAUUCUUGUAUACCUAUCACCCAUAAUUCAGUUUAUAUUGAGUGACACUUUGGGCAUCACUUACUUUAAUACAGAUGUAGGCCCUGCUGUCAUGGAAUUAGGUAUUUUUCACUGUUUCACUCUUCUCCUCCCCUCCUCCUCCCCCCCCCCCCCCCCCAAAAAAAAGGAUAGGAUGGAUGAAUAUUGGUUUGAAUUUGCAUUAUGACGGUUAGGUUGUGCGUAUAAUUUUAGAAGACCAGGACUGCCAGAUAGCAAUUGAAGAUUAAAGAUAUUAGUCUAGAAGUUUGUACAGUGACUGAGUAAAGGAAGGAAUAGUGGAGGUUCAACAGAUUCUAAUUUUAUUCAUACUAAAGCUACAGUUAUUUACCAGUUUUUGUGCACACCCAAGCAUAGUUGGUGUUAUGUGUAAAUUAUGGCCCUAAUUUUGUGGAAUCCCCAUCUUCCCCCUUCAUACCUCUACCCCUCCCCCCUUCUUACUCACACACACAAAAUUUAAAGUGCUACAUUAUUAAUUAAAAUCGCAACCAAAUUGUGACGCAUAGCUAUUCCCAAUUUGAUACCGACUUGUAGAUUAAAUUAGUGAAAUGCACAUCAAAAUGUUAUACUUUAUGUGAUAUUCUUAAUAAGUAAUGUAAUUUGCGAUGAGAAUUGUCCAUGAAAUUACAAUUUAAGUAAGAAAAUUGUGUAAUUUUUUGAUCUCACUUCUGUUACCAGAAAAGUUGAAUAAGUGAAAUAUUUGUCAGCUGUCUUUAUUAUCUGUUUAAGAAUUUAAAAAGAUAUUUAUAUUCUAAUCAAGAGUGUUUUGAGAAAUUUAGUAUGUACCAUCCUUCCCUAUAUAUGCUACAGAACGUUGUAUAGUUGACAGCUGUGUAAGAACAUGCGUAACAUUAAUAGAGAGAAAGUUCGCAGAUUUGUGAAAAUAAAGGAAGAAACACAAAUGCAUCAAAUUGCUUCUGUGUAAUGGAACUGUGUUGCAUUAUUGUGUAAUACCAGUUGUGCCUGUGCCCAUAUAAGACUAUUAUUGUAUGAACAUAUAGUGUAGAGAGUGGUUUGUUACACUAUUUAGAGUUACGACUGAAUUAGUCAAUUCUAUCACGUAUGCUGUUGAAGUAUUUUUGAUACUUUUAUGUUUUCAGAUUAAACAUAAGAAAUAAGAAAGCUUACAGUACCGUAAGUGAAUGCUGACUAUCAGAAAUAUUGGCUUCUUUCUCAUCAUUUGUAGUUAAUAUUGUUGACAAAAUAAUGGUUUUUUUGUGUGUAUGUCUGUGGUCGUUUAGAAAGGUCCUAUUACUUUGUUUAGUAAUGGAUAAUUUGGUUUUCUAAGUAUGCUGUGUGGGAUUAGUUUGACCAAACUGGAAACUUCAAGCUGAGUGCAAGACCAGAAGUAAAUGAUAAAUCUGACGGAACAGUUACAAACUAAAUGGUAAACAAUGAAGCUUUUAUAUUUUAUUUACAAGUAGACAGAACAGCUUGGAACAAAACACAGUUCAGUGAACUGUGAAGACUUGUGUUAAUGUCCCAGGAAACAAUAUUUAGUGAAUAUUCUGGACAGUUAUGUAAGCUGUUGAUGUGCCUUUCUAUCUCUGGGAAAAAUCCCUUACUGUAUGCUGAGUGCUAACUAGUUGUAUAUGAAUGUACAACUGCAUUGAUAGCUUUAAUCUCAACUAUCCCUCUGUUGUUUGUAGAUGUGAGAAGAAAAUUAUUUAUGAUUAGUAUCUAUUCCCUUGUUGACACACCAUGUCCUACAGUCUAACAUACCUGUGAUUUUCAGAAAUAAAAGAAAUUUCACUGGUGAAUUUAAUUUAAGAACUUGUUCUCAUUCUUAUUUGUUUUUAUUUAGUACCACAAAACUAAAAUUACCAUUUUGCUGCUGGUGCUUAUGUAUGGUUCUUUAAUAGCAGUUGAAAUGUAUAACACUGUUAAAUGAAUUCUUGCUUGCACAUGGGAAUGGGAUUUUUGUUUGCUUGAGCAGCUCAAGAAUGCCCAUGAAACAUUAUUUUCUGUGCUGUUAUCUCUGUGGAUCCAUGGGAAACAGGUACUGGAGGAGGCACCGUGCAGGGUAUACACUGUAAUGAGCUCUCAUGGACAUCAAUUAUAACUUUAAAAAUUUUGUUUUAAAGGCUUUAAAUGCAGAAGUCCUUCCAAUGAUAUUUAUGUAUAGUAUCAUGCAUUUCAGGUGAUGAUAAAUGGAAUUUUCAUAACUCUGUAUGCAUUUUAUGAUAUCACACUGUGACUAAUAUUGAGUUUGACGUACUUUUAUCCCUUCUAUCUACCUCAAUCAGAAAUAUCUGAAGAGGUGACAGUGCUUACAAAUUCAGAAGUUUAAAAUGCUGAACAAGAAUUUGUUUUUGAUUAUGAUCAUCGGCACUGGGACUACGGUAUAUUCAGUCUUGUUGGCUGUUGCUGUCUUCUGGGAAGCAAGGAUGCCCGUAUGCGGGGGCAAGGCACCCCCCCCCCUCCUCCUCCUCCUCCUCCAGCUCUCAGACAGUGGUUAAAAUAAAGUGUUGUCGGGUGCCUUUAUAUUAAGAAAAUGAUUUAAAGCUUCGUAUUACACGUUUUUAUCUGGGUCGGAACUGGGACUUUAUGACUAAUAGCAAGUCACCUUUUUGUCUUCCAAAAUAUUAAAAGUACUCCAUACUUGCAGGUCUUGCUCAAACUAUUCAAUGGGUGCUCUUUGCUCAAGGGGGACAAAAAGUUUUGCAAUGGAAAUACCGUGUUCCUAAGACAGGUCAGACAUUUUCAACCCACUGCUGGAUGAAGACCCAUUCCAUACUUUCUCCACUGAUCCUGAUCUCCAGCUAUAUACAUCCGUGCUCUGCCUGCAUAUUUUUGUGGCUUUUCUACUUACCUUGCCAUCUUGGUUUUUUCUUAUCUCACUUAAAUGACCAUUGUAUUUUUGCUACAUUGCAGAAUUCAAAAUCUGAGCAUUGCAUAAAUCAUCAUUCAUCAAAUUUUGACAUAUUUGCGACUUACAUUUUUGUGUACUCUCAAUAAAAUUAGUUACCAAAUCCAAAUUUUGACACAAUACUUGUGUUUGUGCCAAGUAACAGUAAUGAGAACCUGGGGGCCAAAGAUAAGUUAUGUUUCCAUGAAUUGAAAAAUCUUUGAAGCCUGGGAAUGUGUGUUCAAGACAAAUUUAUUGUAGCAGUGAAAACUGUCUAAUUCACAACAGCAAAUUGUACAGCUUUUACAGUUUAAUCAGUGCAGUGAUGUUUCGCUGUCACUAAACAGAAACCUACAUGGGGCACAAGUGCUGUCCCGAUGCGUUCAGUGACCUGCACCGAGAUGUUCAAAAAAUGCUACAGGCGCUGAAUGUUAUCUUUACUUUCCUCAAUUGAUGCCAGUCGACAUGGGUUAAUCAUUCUUCUUAAUUACAGACUGUUUACCAGAGCCCUAGGGUGGCUGCUUCUGAUCAUUAGUGCCAAUAACAGCCUAUAAAUGAUAUUUGUAUUGUAUAGAGAAAGAAGCUACAGCAAGCACAUGUUGGAUCGGAAGGUCCAACUGGAAAUAAGAAAUGAAAAUGUCACAUUGUAUUUUUUGCUCUGUCUCAAGGCCCCACAGGUGUGCUCUCUCUCUCUCUCUCUCUCUCUCUCUCUCUCUCUCUCUCUCUCUCUCUCUCUCUCUCUCUCUCUCCAUUGCUCCCCUCUCCUCCUCACCUCACCCAACCCUUUUGGAUCUGUGCUUGGUUUAUAGCAUCUGGUGUACCUACAGAUUAACUUCAUUAUCUACUACUAUGAAUGUUGUUUUCCUAAUAUCUGCUGGUGAUUUUAACAGUCUUGUAUAUUUCAUCUCCAGCCAUUGUACAUAUAUUAUAUGAUCUGCUCUGCUUUUUCAUUUGCAUUUGGAGGCUCUUACUUACAUUUACAUGCCACUGAUUGUAGAUAUUACACCCUAGAAUGAGACAUAAGUGUUCGCACAUCACAUUAUUAUUUUUGUUAUGUACAUUGAAGCAAUAUUUAGCUGUGUGAAACUGGAAAUUUCUGCACUGGUAUUUCCAAAUAGGCAAUCUACAUCUGUGAUUUACUGGCAUCCUGAUAUUUGUUCACAGUGGCUUUACUGGAUGUUAUUGUCUUUCAGUACUGUUGAAUGUUCCCUUUUUAAAUGUGUCGGUUGAUGAUCCUUCAAUUAUUUGCUGUAUACUUUUGUGAGAAUCGCGCGAUAUGUAAUUUUUAAUUUAUAUGAUAUCAGAAAUUAAUGUUUCCUUCACAACUGACAGUAGUGACAGGAACUUCUGGGAGAUGAAAUUCCUAAGGAAAUAUCUCCGUGGUAACAAUUCGCCUAUAUUGGUAGCUAUGGAAAUUAAUUCUUCUUGCGUGAUGUAGCCCCCAGUUUGUUUGUCAAAGACAGCUGCACCGUUUUGUCUAUUUUCAUUAGCUUUGUUUCCUUGUGAAUCAGUUUCAUGGUUAAUAUUGUCCUCGUAAAAGCAGAAUGGGUUACAACAUUGCCAUAGGUAUGUACUUGGGAGUUUUUCAGGUCAGCUUUUUGAAGGCUCUUUUAUAUUAGAUUUCUUUUAAUUUCCUUUUUUGUGGAAUUUAUAAGUGGACUUUAUUUGUCACAAGGUUUUUCAUUGAGGGUCACUUUAUAUUCCCAUUCUCAAUGUGAAACUUAAAAUAGUUGGGUGAUUUGUCUUUCAAACAUUGAAGCUAAAUUUCACUGUUUCCUUCUCAGUAAUUUAUUUUACAGCUCCAGUAUUUCAUCCCCUAAGUGCUUUGUAUAAUUCCUCCUGUUUUCCAUCUUUUAUUUACUGCACGAGUGCUGUUGCUGCUAAAUACCAACAUUUGAGAUGGGGUGUGGAUCCUCUAACCAGCUACUGCUCAAGAGCAUUUGGAGUAUGUUGGCACACACAAAUUUUUAUAGCUUAGCAUUUAUUCUCAGUAAAUAAAAUAUUGUAACUACAGGGACGGAUGGUUUAUAAAUAAUAACUUAUAUAUGCAAUAAGAUGUAAAAUUGGUCCAGUAGAAAUAAUAUACUUACUACUAAACAAGUUGGCCUGUGCCACAUAAUAUAAACCGGUACUCCCUGUUUGACUUACCAGCAUAAAACUGUGGGCUUAUUAGCAUGUAGUAGAUACGAAUGAAUUCACACGUGUAUGUAAAGCAUUUAACAUGUAUAGAAGAUAAAUUCUGUUCAAUAACACUGCUGUUAACAGUACUAUAUACAUUUGUGUAUUAUGAAGUGGUGAUUUGCUGUAUACGUUCUUUGUCAGUCAGAAAACCUGGAAUGAGAUGCGAACUCAAGAAAGACUGAAAAUUAUCCACAUGGAUAAUGGAUGUUUGUUUAUGUAUUUUUGGCAAACCUUUAUUUUGUGUUAUUUAAGUAAUCACAACUGUGUUUUCUAAUGCACACAGUUGGCAGCCCUAGUCUAGAUUGUGUCUUGAUGACUUAUGGAUUCAUCAGUAGAGUUGUCACUGCCCAGUGGUCCCAUUAUGAAGUAGAACUUCCAGCAAUGUGAAAUGAAUCAAGUUGUACAUUAACAAAAGAGUGAAAUAGGUAAAGUAUACAUGGAAGUGUCAGAGUUGUGGUUGUAUAAAGUGCAAUUAAACCAAAAUAAUCUCAUUACUAGCAGCAUAUAUUAUUAAGGAAUAAAUUAGUGUGAGAGCUCAAAAGAUCUUUUAGCAAGAUUUUUAGUUUCCUUUUUCACACAGUAUUCUUACUGCUUUCUGUAGCUAAAAGAGUGUUUUAUUUACUGAAGCCGAAUUGUGGCACAAUAUAAUUAUGUGAGACAACAAGGAAUUUCAGGUGAACACGAAGAGGUCUGUCUACUUGUAGCUACAAAACUGCUAAAUUUAGUUCCUCAAUUAGUUUGUCAGUAUUUUGGCACCAUUUUUGCUUGUUAUCCAGCCGAACCAAUAUAAUAGUGUUUCGUUUAGUGUAUGACCAUUAAUGCACAUUUAUGGCACCAGUGGAUGACUUUAUUUGUUUAAAAUUGUGUCAUAUUAAUUUUUAUGAACCUGUAGGUCUGUUCAGCCAUGUCUGGCUUAUUUCUGACAAUUAAGUGUGCUCCUGUCAUUGGCAAACAUUAGUUUCUGAACAAAAAUUUAAAGUAAAUUUAUAAUAAUUUAUGCAAGGCGGUAUCCAAUAUUGAUAUGCGAGUGACUUGUGUUUCCCCAGUUUGAGUGUAAUUUUGUGGUACAGUGUGAGUGUUGUGGAAGAAAGACUCCAUUUCAGGGAUGUCACAAAAUUUUAAUUUUGCAUAUACAAUUUUAUGGUGUACAGAAACAAUGGCCUAAGUCGUUAGUCCAAAGACUGAUUUAAUGUAGCUCCUCCUGCUGCUCGAAUCUUGCACAUGCCUCUUCAUAGCUACACAGCUACUGCAGGCUUCAUCCAUCUGAACCUACACACUGUUCUCAAGCAUUGGGUUCCUUGAAGCUUCAGGAAGUAUCCUAUCAAUUGAUCCUUUCUUGAGUUCAGCUGUGACACAAAUAUCUUUUUUACCCAGUUCGAUACAGUACCUUGGUAUAUGAUUUAUCCGUGUAACAGUCUUUAUUCUUGUACUUCACCACAUUUCAGAAGCUUCAUUUUCCUCUUGUCUGUGCUGUUUAUUGUACACAUUUUUACUUCUGUACAAGGUUUAUAUACCAUUAAUACGUUUAGACAGAAUUUCUAACAUUUAAUUUGUAUAUUCAGUGCUAACAAAUUUCACUUUCUCAGAAAAACUUUUCUUGCUAAUGCCAGUCUGCAUUUUAUAUCCUCUCUGCUUGAGCCAUUGUCAGUUAUUUUGCUGCCCAGAUUUCCAAAGUCAUCUACUACUUUUAGAGUCUUAUUUCCUAAUCUUACUCUUUAUUAGCGUCACCUGAUUUCAUCUGAAUCCAAUCAAUUACCCUUGUUUUAUUGUUGUUGAUGUUGAAGUUAAAACCUCCUUUGAAAACACUAUCCAUUCCGUUCAGCUGCUCUUCUAAGUUCUUAUCUAGGUGUAUCUCACAGAAUUACAGUGCUAUUGUUAAAGCUCAAAAGUUUUUAUUUCUUCUUCCUGACCUUUAAUUCCCUUUCCAAAUUUCUCCUUUUUUCUUUUGCUGGUUUCUCUGUCAAUAUAUUAUGUAACAUCAGUGAGUCACUUUAAUUCGGUCUUAUUCCAUUCUCAACUACUUUCUCUGUCAUGCCUGUGGACUCAUAAUGACAGUUUGGUUUCCAAAGUUGUAGAUAAUUUUUUACUCUCUGUUACCUUCAGAGUUUCAAAAAGUUUGUUCCAGUCAACAUUCCCAAAAGUAUUAUCAACAUCUACAAAUCCUGUAAAUGGAAGUUUUUCUUUAUUCAGGUUACCUGGGGCAAGGAAAGUUGUCAAGUUAGUAUUGCCGAGUGUGUUCUAAUGUUACUACAGAAUUCAAGCUAACCCCCUCCGAGGUCAGCAUCUACUAGUUUUCCCAUUCUUAUUUAUAUAAUUUGUAUCAGCUUUUUACAGUCAUAGCAUACUAAACUAAUGGUAUGGUACUACUCAUUCUGGUCUGCAUCUGUUUUCCGCAGAGUAGGAAUUAGGCUUAUUACAUUCUUCUUGAAGUCUGUAUUAUCGCAAAAUAUGGGAGAGAGUGUCACAGAAAUCAUACAGGGUUUGGGCUGGAAAUCAUUAAAAGAAAGGCAUUUUUCAUUGCGACGGAAUCUUAUCACAAAACUCCAGUCACCAACUUUCUCCUCCGAAUGUGAAAAUAUUUUGUUGACACCGACCUACAUAGGGAGGAAUGAUCACCACAAUAAAAUAAGAAAAUCAGAGCUCAUAUAGAAAGAUAUAGGUGUCCAUUCUUUCUGCGCGCUAUACGAGAUUGGAAUAACAGAAAGUUGUGAAGGUGGUUCGAUGAACCCUCUGCCAGGCACUUAUAUGUGAUUUGCAAGUAUCCAUGUAGAUGUAGAGAGUUUUGUCUGUCUCUUACAUCUUGUACGCCAGGUCUAAUAGUUUUGUCAUGGCUGGCUCUUCCGAGGAUCUCAAUAAUCCUGAGGGAGUGCCGUUUGCUCCAGAUUAGAGUAUAUCUAUUGACCUAAAUCUUUCACAGUGCUGUCAAAUUUUUCUUGCAGCAUCUUAUUGCCCAUCUGUCUUCGUAUACUUCCUCUUCUCUAAUGUCGUCUUCAAAUUUGCUUAUCUUGUGGUGACUUGCAAUAUAUUCCUUCCACCUUUUAGCCUUCCCUUCUAUGCUCUGUUUGUUGUUCUUGUCUGAGCUCUUAAUAUUCAUAGACAUGCUUCUUAUUUCACAAAAGUGCUCUUUAAUUUUCCUGCAGGUGUCAUCUAUCUUCCCUCUAGCCAUGCAUAGUUCUAUAUCUAGCCAUUCUUGCUUUGCCAUUUUGCACUGCCUGUCAAUCUCAUUGUUUUAGGGUUACUGUAUUUCCUUUUCCCUGCUACAUUUUUAUAUUUUAUAUUUUCCUUGAUUAGGUUGAAUACUUCAUGUGUUACAUAAGGAUAUCUACUUGGUCUUCGCUUUUUACUUGUUUGAUCCACUCCUGCCUUCUUUAUUUCCCCUCACAGAAGUAACCAAUGUUCUAACAUAUACAUUUCCCCCAUUUCCAUCAAUUAUUGCUAUCUUUGAAACUCCCAAAAACAUUGGCUUCUUCAAUUUAUACUGAUCCAAUCUAAUUUCCCACCUUUCUUCAGUUUUAAGCUGCCCUUCAAAACCAAAAUAUUUGAUUGCUCUUCACAUCUGCCCCUGGAAAUGUUUUUCAGUUUAACAUUUAUUUCACCUCUAUGUCUUACCAUUAUAAAAUCUAACACUGAAUGGUGUGCAGAAAAGCAAUGCCUCAGAAUUUUGUAUGUGAAAACUCUUAUUAAAGCUUUUUAAAUAAACCAAACAACAAUUCUAUGUCUUUAUUCUUCAUGUCUACAAAAUUAUUUCUCACUGUAGUCAACUUGGUGAUGAAUACAUUUCUCCCAACAAGAGACCAGUUUGUUGAUACCAUCACUGUAGUAUGUUUGAUUUUGUUGCACUGCUUCAUCACUUUGAAAGUGAAGUCCCCAAGUGUUCUUUAAGUUUUGGAAACAGAUGAAAAUCUGAUGAGACCAAGUUGGCACUGUAUGGAGGAUGGUCAGUGACAGUGAACCCAAUGUGUCAGAUUGUUGCCGAUGUCACAGUGAUCAUGCAUUGUCAUGCUGAAGUAGAGGAUCUCCAUAUGUGGAUGAACUUUUUGAAUUCAAAAGUUGAUUAUGGCACACUGUUUCUCACAGACCGCCAUAGUUACGUUAUACACCACCAUGUUACAUGCUACAAUUUGGAGCUCUCUGGUGGCAGAGGGCUACAAAUCUGUAAACAUGAAGAAUAAAGAUGUAAAAUUUUAA